AUGGUGCCCCUGCUGCUGCUGCCCCUGCUGUGGGAGGGGUCCCUGCAGCAGCAACCAGGCUACACAUUUGAGCUCCGAGUGCAGGAAUCUGUGACGGUGCAUGAGGGUCUGUGUGUCCACGUGCCCUGCUCCUUCUCCUACCCGUGGAGUUCGUGGUCUUCCUAUAGCAAAUUCUACACCUACUGGUACCGGGAUGGGGACAACCCAGCCUAUGAUGCUCCUGUGGCCUCGAGCAACUGGAAUAAAUCAGUGAAGAGAGAGACCCGAAGCCGCUUCCUCCUCGCGGACCCCAGGACCAACGACUGUUCGCUGAGCAUCACAGAUGCCAAGAGGAGUGACACAGGACUCUACUUCUUCCGAGUGGAGAGAGGAACUUUAGUGAGAUAUAGUUACCAAGAUAAGAUGUUGGAUUUGCAGGUGACAGACAAACCCCACAUCCAGAUUCAGGAGCCUCUGGAGUCUGGCCGCCGAACAGAGCUGGCCUGCAGCCUGCCAGGGUCCUGUGAAAGAGGACAACCUCUCACCUUCUCCUGGGAGGGAGCCGCUGUGGACUCGCUGAACCCCCAGAAUCUCAGGUCUUCAGUGCUCACCUUCACCCCGAGGCCCCGGGACCAUGGCACCAGCCUCACCUGUCAGGUCAAAGUCCAACAGCCUCAGUUGACCACACAGAGAACCAUCCGGCUCAAUGUCUCCUCCUUCAAGAAUCUAAAAACCACAUCCCUUUCCAUCCUGGAGGGAGAGGCCCUGGGGCUGCGCUGUGAGGCUGACAGCAACCCCCCUGCCGAGCUGAGCUGGUUCCGGGGGUCGCCAGGCCUGAACGCCACCCCCAUCUCCAGCACCGCGAUCCUGGAGCUGCCUCGCGUGGUCACCUGCCAAGCUCGGCACCCGCUGGGCUCCCACAGGGUCUCUCUCAGCCUCUCCGUGGUCUGCAGCCCGCACUCCAGCAGAUGUGUGACUGAGGAGCAGCAGGGCUCCUGGCCCCUGGUCCUCACCCUGAUCAGAGGGGCCCUCAUGGGGGCUGGCUUCCUCCUCACCUACGUCCUCACCUGGCUCUACUACACCAGGUGUGGAGGCCCCCGGAACAGGAGGCAGAGCUCCUGAUGGAUCCUCCCUUCCUCUCAAGAUGGACUGAGGUGUGGACACCAGGCUACAGGGACCGUCCUGG